CUGAAAAUUAUGACAUUUCACUUAUGAUAAGUUUGAUCAGAAAUCUGGCGGACAUACAGAUCAGCAGUAAACUUCCCUUACCUUCACAAGUCAGUGUUGGUGAUGAUCUAUCCAGGAUACAGUAUUACAGAAAUAGAAUUGCUCACAUGGACAGUUUUAUAAUUGAGGAUGAUGAUUUCAGUAUUUACUGGGAAGAUAUAGCACAGGCUUUGCAUCGACUAAGUGAUGGAUCGUUUAAUGAGGAAAUUAUUGAAUUGCAUGAAAGGCAAAUUUUUGAAUCACAAAAGUCAAAUAGCCUACGUCAUAUACAAAUGCAAAACAGACUUGUAGUUGUUGAAGAAAGAAUGAUGUCGCUUGAACUACAACAAAAUGACCCUAUACCUAAAAAUAUCAAAGAUUUGUAUGAGAAGGAAAUUAAAGAUUGGGUAGAAGACAAGGAAAAGUUCUUUGAAACUGCAGCCUCCAAGAAGAUAUUAAGUUUUGUAACUGGAAAUUCUGUUACCGUCAUAACUGGUAGUUCUGGAAUGGGUAAAACAGCUACUUCACAUCAAAUUGCAUUACAUUUACAACAACAGGAAGGGUACCAGAUUUUGCCAAUUUCUGACCCGAAGGACAUUGAAAAAUAUUAUACAAAGGGACUUGCACAAAUAUUUGUUUUUGAUGAUUUAUGUGGAGUUUUCAAUGUUGAUCAGCAUUUGAUUAACUCUUGGGACAGAGUUUCUAGUCAGAUAGCGAGAUUUUGUAAGGAAAAUAAACAUUUUCGAAUCCUUGCUACUUGUAGAUUACAGAUAACAAAAAAUCCACAGUUUGAAAAAUUAUCUGACAAGUUAAAUAUGAAAGAAUGCAAUUUGCUUUCAAAAGAUUUGGCUUACAAAAAUAGUGAAAAACUGAAAAUUGCCUCUUGUCAUAUGGAUCAAGAACACGUGCAUAAUCUUAGCAGGGAGACCAUCAGUGGCCUGGACAUGUUUCCAUUUCUUUGUGAUAUGUUUGGUAAAUCUGAUAACAAAGAUAUGAAAAUGUUUGAAUGGCCUAUUCAAUAUUUUGAAGAACAGUUUGAUCAGAUGCAGUAUCAAAAUGAGGAGUGUUUCCUGGGACUGGCGUUGCUAGUUAUUUACAAUGACAAAAUAAAAAUAAAUGUCUUCAAAGAUGAGAGUAUAGACACAGUAUUCAAGAAGAUAUUUAAAGAAGUCUUUGAAAGUUUAGAAUUAUCAAACCGUCCUUCUAAAUUGCAAGUCCUUAGGAAAUUAGACACCUUAAUUGAUACUUAUAUUACAAGUUAUAUUGAAAACAAUCAAUCAAUAAUAACUAGCAAACAUGACAUAGUUUUUGAUUUACUUUCUUUAUAUUUUGGAAAGAAAAUGACGAAAACUUUAGUGAAAUAUGCUACACCAGAUUUUAUUUCAGACAGAAUCCAGUUUGAAUCUCUAGAAGAAGAACAUGAUGAAUAUACAAUUAUGAUACCUCCAUACUUGGAACAUUCAUACUUUAAUCGCAUGGAAGAGGAGAUAAUGAAAAAUAAUUUUUAUGAUGUAUUUGGAAACAUGCAAUCCCAUAUUAAGUUAUAUCAAGAGAAAUUUAUUGAUUUCUUCUCCAAAAAAAAAGAUAUUAUGGAAAAAUUACUACACAACAGAUGGCCUCUAUAUCUUUCAUCGAUGUAUGGAUGUAGUAUUUUUGUACAGUUUUUGUUGGAGCAACAAAACAAUAUCCCAUCAGAAUUACUCCAAGAUAUCUCUGAUAGAACCAGAUUUGAAAUAGCAGCUCAUGACAGUGACACUGAAGAUAUUGAUACUGACUCAGAUAUGUAUAAAAUUACACACAAAAAUGCACCCUUAGUAGAAGCAUGUACAGAGGGCCAUUUACAGAUAGUUCAAACUCUUGUUCAAUAUGGAUAUGAUAUUGAUUGUGUCAAACCUGGACUCCUUUCGCCCUUGUAUUCUGCAUGUUAUUAUGGUCAUACAGACAUUGUGCAGUAUCUCCUGGGAUGUAACUGUGCGGUGGAUUUGGAAAAUUGUGAUGGUCAAACAGCCCUUCACGUUGCUUGUAUAAAGAAUAACCCAGAAAUUGUAUCAAUACUAUUAGGAAAAGGCCUUUACAUCAACAAACCAGGAUUUUGCAAAGAGACUCCUUUUUUUAUUGCUUGCAAAUGGGGUAAUCUAGAUGUUGUGAACAUUCUUCUGGAAUACAAUUGUGAUAUUACUAUAUGUAACAAUAUGAAUGAAAGUCCUCUGCAUGCAGCUUGUAAAAAUGGUCAUAAAGAUAUAGUGGAAGUAUUGAUAAGAAAUAAAUGUGAUGUUGAUAUGGUAAACCUUUUUGGCAGAACAGCACUGCAUGAGGCUUGCUCUUCAAACUAUACCCAAUUUCUAGAUGAGGAAGAUGAAACUUGGUCUAUUGAAGGUGAAGAAGUUGACAUUCAGUAUUAUGAACCUAAAGUUGAAUAUGGUAACACUGUAAUUGUGGAUAAAAUUUCAGACAGCAUUGAAACGAUUCGGAAAGGAAUUGUGCAAAUUCUGUUGCAUACUAAUAUAAACCCAUGUAUUGCCGAUUACUUUGGCUACACUGCACUUCAUGAGGCAGCUAAAAGUGGUUAUUCAACAAUAGUGGAUAUUUUGUUGCAGAAGUUGCUUGAAAUGAAUAAAAUGGCAUUAGUAAAUGAAUAUAAACCAGUUGAUCUGUACAAAUCAUUUAUCCCGCCACUUUUUUCCUCAAGUAGUAAAUGUGUUGUUAAUGUAUUUGUACAACAUACCUGCAACAUGAAUAUUCUAGAUUCACAUGGUCGAAAUGCUUUACAUUAUGCUAGUGAAAAGGGUCAUUUAGAAAUAGUAGAAUUCUUGUAUGACAUUGGUUGUAAAAUGGAUGUUUUGAAUGCUUCAGGAAAGAGUGUUCUUCAUGCAGCAUGUAGGGGAGGAAAUGAGGAUAUUGUGGAUUUUUUCCUAAAGAGAGGAUGUGACCCUAAUCACACUGACAAGUAUGGAAAUACUCCUUUAUUUGUCGCAUGUGCGAGAUCUAAUAUAGAGGUUGUAAAAGUAUUGAUUAAAUAUCACUGUGAUGUUAAUAAAACCAAUAUUGGAGGCUGCAAUGCUUUACAAAAAGCAUGUUUGAAUGGCCGUGUUAACAUUGUUGAUCUUUUGCUCAAAAAUAAAAUCAACAUUAAUCAGGCCGAUAAUUUGAACAACACUCCACUGUUUUAUGCAUGUUAUCAUGGCUACAAAGAUGUGGCGAGUUUAUUAAUGGAGAAUAAGAGUGAGUUAAAUAUUCCUAAUAAAGACGGACAAAUUGUUUUACACUUGUCUUGCUGGUUGGGGCAUCUAGAAAUUACGCAGUUACUGUUACAAAAUCAUUCAAACAUUAAUCAACCUGAUAAAUCAAAAUGCACACCUUUACAUCUGGCAGCCACAGAAGGAUACAACGAUAUAGUUGAAUUAUUGAUUAAAAACGGUUGCGAUAUAAAUGCUUGUGACAUCAAUGGACGAAAUGCUUUGCAUCAUGCAUGCAUUCAGCAGGUAGAACAUGACAAUCUGCUUUGGAUAAGUUGUUAUUCAAGAUAUCAUCGAAAGGAACAUUAUCAUAAAGAGGUUGUUGUCCUCCUACUGCAAAAUAAAUGUGAUGCAAAUCAGGAAGAUACCUUUGGUCAGAUUCCUUUGCAUAUAGCAUGCGAGACAUGUACAUCACAUAGAUAUCUAAGAUGUAUGACAGAUAUCGUUAAACUGUUAUUAGAGAGUGGUUGUGACAUAAACAAGUGUGAUAACUCGCACAGGUCACCCUUCCUUGUUGCCUGUGAAAAGAAGGAAUAUGAAUCUGAAAAGAUUGUGACAAUUCUGGUUAAAAACAACUGUGAUGUCAAUAUUAAAGACAACAAUGGACAAACUGGACUUGAGAUUUGUACAUCAAAGGGAUUUACUUGGGUGACUGAAAUUUUGCUUGAUAGUCAAAAUUCAAAAAAUGAGGCUACAAAGGAAAAUGCUUAAUUGUAUGUUGCAAUUGUUAAAUUAUACAUUUGUCUAUGCUUUGAUAAAUAAAUUUUUUUUCUUUGGAGUAUUGCA